UCAAGAUGGCUGACGAAAACGCAUGGGAACCAUUAGUUGAGACUUUGACAAAGUCCUUUUCGAAUUUAUCACCGCAGAUUUUACCUGGAAUGCAUGGUGCGAAAAAGGUCUUACAAGCUCUUCAGUCUGGUUUGAACGAUCCUCGUGAAAGCAGGGCGGAAUUAGAGAUCCAUUGUAAAUGGUGUGGCAAAGUAGUUUCCAAGGACAGUGAGACUUUGGACAUCCCACAGGAUUCUGUGAAAACUGUGGAAAGAAUACUAACUUGGCAUAUAGAUUGGACUAAAAGGAUUCUGAAGAUUAAAGGGGCAGAGUUUUGUUGUCAAGAUUGUCAUUUGCUGUUGAACCUUGCAAAGCUACUGAAUUUCCUGUUGUCUUCAGAUAACUCUUCAGACAGUGCAAAGCUGUAUUCUUUGGCCUCCCACUUCAGUCAAAUAAAUGGACACACGUCUCAGUCAGGAGAAGAUGACAUCAUGUUACUUCAACAAGCUGUAUCUGUUGUUCACUCUCUCCAUGUGCUAACAAAAAACAUGCCGGAUUUGCAAAUUCAAGGACCAGAUGGCAAAAGCGUCACGUUGGACACUGUUUGUGACGUGUUAAACCAUUUUUCUCCACGUUUGAUGUCAAGCUCUUCCCCAAGGUCUGCAUCAAAAACAAAACAGAAGAGGAUAAAAGCGAAAAGGUUAAACGACGAUCUUAACAUCACCAAGAAAUUAGAUUCCUCGAUGACUGAGCUUAAAACGAAUUCUACAAAGAAGAAAAAGAUGGGAGUGGCUUCUGAACCUCAUGUUAAUGGAAAUCACACCAGCGAUGAUGAAGGCGCGGUUGAGGAUGAUCAUGCCAAGAAAACAUUAGAGGGCUCAGCAAAAAGAAAACAUCUUAUUGUAUCCGGAAAGAGGAAGAAAGGUACAGCUGGGAAAGUGAAACUCGGGAAAAAGAGGAGGUGACUUUCCGCCAUUAAACUUUAUUGAAAAGACAUUACGGCCGGUUCGUGAAAUGCGAUCAAGUUAACCGUAUUAUUGACGUAUAGUCUGUUUUUGGAUGAUCUCCACCCCAGCUCCCGAAGUUGUAAUCGCCCAAUCAAGAAUAACUCUAGCUUGCGAACAGGCACUCAUUAUUAGCGCUGCGGAACGAGCGGGAUCUGGCCUUCACUAUCGUUCCCAGACCCCCCUGCGGACAUUUUCGGACAAAUUGAUGACCCUUAGAGAUGUAAUUUGGCACAGGCUUCCGACAUGAUUACGUUUUCUUAUUUUCAUUCAGUACUGCAAUGUAUAUUAGGUUCGUUAAAAGCAAGACAAAUUAGUCAAGUUGUAUCAGAUUCCUGUACGUUUACUGGAAAGAUAAAAGAAUAAUUAUUA